CGCCCCUACACCCAACCCUACCUUUUUCCCCCAAACCGUUAUAAAUAUCGAAAUCCCUCACUUUAAGCCCCCUGUACGAACAUUUUACAUUUUGAAAAAAACAAAGAGAGAGAGAGCGUUAGAGAGAGAAAGAAAACAAGAGAAAGGAAAAAUGGAGAAAGCUGGUGUGACUCGUGCGGUGUCGGCAAUGGAGGCGUUCGAGAAGCUAGAGAAAGUAGGAGAAGGGACGUACGGGAAGGUGUACAGAGCGAGAGAGAGAGCCACUGGCAGAAUCGUAGCCCUCAAGAAAACUCGCCUCCACGAAGACGAAGAAGGCGUCCCUCCCACCACUCUUCGCGAGGUCUCCAUUCUCCGCAUGCUCUCUCGCGAUCCCCAUGUCGUCAGGUUGAUGGAUGUGAAACAAGGUCAGAAUAAAGAAGGAAAGACAGUACUGUACUUGGUGUUUGAGUAUAUGGACACUGAUCUCAAGAAAUUCAUUCGGAGUUUCCGUCAAUCUGGAGAGGACAUUCCUGCUAAUACUGUUAAGUGUUUAAUGUUCCAACUCUGCAAGGGUGUUGCCUUUUGCCACGGUCAUGGAAUCUUACACAGGGAUCUGAAACCCCACAAUCUGUUGAUGGACCGAAAGACGAUGAUGCUUAAGAUUGCAGAUCUUGGACUAGCUCGAGCAUUUACUGUGCCAAUUAAGAAGUAUACCCAUGAGAUAUUGACUCUGUGGUAUAGAGCUCCUGAGGUCCUUCUGGGUUCGACCCAUUACUCUACUGCUGUAGAUAUGUGGUCUGUUGCUUGUAUAUUUGCUGAACUUGUCACAAAGCAAGCACUCUUCCCAGGAGAUUCUGAACUGCAACAGCUCCUUCAUAUAUUCAGGUUACUAGGUACUCCAAAUGAAGAAGUGUGGCCUGGGGUCAGCAAACUAAUGAAUUGGCAUGAGUACCCUCAAUGGAGCCCUCAAAAUCUGUCAACAUCUGUGCCUAACUUGGAUAAGGAUGGACUCGAUCUGCUAGCACAAAUGUUGCAGUAUGAGCCCUCAAAGCGGAUCUCAGCAAAGAAAGCUAUGGAACAUCCUUACUUUGAUGAUCUGAACAAGGACUCUCUCUGAACAGAGCUAUGUGGAUGAGAAAUCUUAUUUUGGCUUGUAACAGAAGUUCUGUAGCAAAUUGUAUCUGCUUCCCUCAAGCAUACUUCAAGUCAUGUUAAUUGUGUUUGUAGCACAAAGAAUCUGUUCUAGACAAUUGCUCAACCUUGCUUAUGCAAUUCUAAUGACAAUAUGGUCUGCUUAUAUAUUA